AUCACCGUGUGUGAUCCAGAACCGGUUUUCUUUACGGGUUCUGUGUUUGAGCUGCUGUUUGUAGGAAACUUUAACCGUCGUUGGAGAAAUAUGAGCCGUUUUUGUACAGAUUUGAUGUUUUUAAUAAAACCCGUUUGUUUCUCAGUUAGUUAUUAUAGCUCUGGGUCGGUCUGAGGGCCAGUUCAGCUGUUUGACUCUCAGAGCUGUGAGAGUUUGUGUUUCUGUUUUACUAAACUUUCUCAAACCGCAGCGCUCCUCAACACUGAGCUCACAUCAGAGCUCUGUACACAAACUGUACUUUCCUCAGGGAUUCUGAGUCUCUGAAGCUGCCGCUUCACUCGGUCUUCGAGAUGAGUGUGACCACUCAGCUCUCCGAGAAGAUCUGCGGUUCUGAGGAGCAGCAGGUGAUCCCGAAUGAAGACUCUGUAUCUGACAUGAUGGAGCUGCUCAGUGUUGAUGUGGAACUGAGCUCCAGUGCAGCAAACAGAGAGGAAACCUUGUGCUCUAAGAAUGUCAUGAGAAAGCAGCGGAACUGGGAGAGGAGGCUGGAGGCAAAGAGACACAAAAGGAAAGAGGAAAAGCAGCGGAGGAAGCAGAACCAGCAAGAAAAAGAUGUUGUGCCUCAGUUCAGUAAACGUGUCAUCAAGGCGAUCACUAAAGAACGUCUAGAGGAGGCUAGAAAAACUGGACCAAGACUGUGUGUGGAUCUGAGCAUGACUGACUGCAUGUCACACAAAGAGAUCAGUCGUCUUGCAGGUCAAAUAAGACGACUCUAUGGGUCCAAUAAGAAAGCCCAGCAGCCUUUCCACCUCUUCUUGACGGACAUGAAAAAGGACGGUCUGCUCUAUAGAGAAUGCAUCAGAAUGAAUGCCGGCUUCCUCAACUACUUGAUUGAUGUCACAGAAGAGAGCUGGAUAGAGCUCUUUCCCUCUGAAGACAUCAUUUAUUUAACUCCAGAUGCAAGUGAAGCCUUAGAACAAGUCGAUGAAGAUAAAGUCUACAUUCUUGGAGGCCUUGUGGAUGAGAGCAUUCAGAAGAAAAUAAGCUACACAAGGGCUAAAGAGCUUGGUGUGCAGAUGGCAAGGCUGCCCAUUGAUGAGUAUAUGGUGAAGAAACCCAACUCCAAGAACUUUCACUCAAAAAUUCUAGCCAUCAAACCAAGGUUGUUUGAAAUCCUGCUGACAUAUCGUGAUACUGAAAGUUGGACCACAGCCCUCAGUGCUGGUAUUCCAGCAGGGAAAGGAUAUGUGGCUUCUUCUGAAGCCCUGCCUGAGGUACCAUGAUGACCAGAGAUGUCAAUAAACAGACACCAUGAGAGAUAAACACCAAGUUAUGUAGAAGUCUCAUGGACCUUGAACCACUGAUGAGGAUCUAGCAAAUCUUGUGCACCAAAAACAAACAUUGUUCCAGCUGCUUGAGUUCUUUAGCAGGGUUCAUGUAAAUGACACAAGAAUGAUUAAAUAGUGCUGAAGUAAUAUUUGCCAUGGACACUGAACCUGUAUGAAUGAACGUCCUAGUCGGGCUUUGACAUUUUGUCAGUUUUUGCUCGAAAAAAAAUUCCGGCAUCAGCAUGAUGACCUCUUGUACAUAGUUUGAAACAAACAGCGUAAAGUUGGCUGCAUGUCUUAUAUUUUUUCAUCUCUAUUUGUAUUUCUAGAGUAAUUAAAAUUUUAAUCAUCUCAGGGACAGUUUGAUCUGAACAGUGUAAUCAGUUCAUGUAUAAUCAGCUACUGCUGAUUUGCUGUUUGCAAAACUCACUUCAUAGUUGCAAUUUGAAACCACAAUAACCUUUUGUCAACAAUUAAUUUAUUCUAUUGAGAUUAUUUAGUAUUUAAAACACCUUUUCAUUUCAUUUUACUAUGAUUCUUCUACACUGAUGGUUUUCAGAGACUU